AUGUCGAGCUCAGAUGUGGAGUCUACAGAGACAAGAAAAAUUGCAAGAAAUAUGAUGAGAACAGAGUUCAGCGGAUCUAGUGAUACUCUAGUGUCAGAUAAUGAAGUAGAGGUAAGAAUCCAUUCAACUUUAACUGUCCCUCUGGAGCAGCCGUGCACUUCAGAUCAAAUUAUAAACACAACUAAGGACGAUAUAGGGGAUGAUAAUGCCAGGGCAAACAGCCCAUCUAUACUAAUGUGCCAUGAACGAUUCGAUGAUGCAUCUGAUAUACACGAAAUAUCGUGUGAAAAUUCUCAAAAUGACACUGACGAGUGGGUGGACGUUACCGCCGAGAUCCCUCUUUUUCAUUUUGAUUACGCAUCUGAAGGACUCAAAGUAGAAAUACCUAAUAAUGCUCAACCUUUAGAUAUUUUCAAAUUAAUAUUUUCUAACGAUCUUUUGGAUUUUGUUGUGUCUAGAACAAAUGCUUACGGAAAUAAUUUGACGAAUACAACCAGACCUCAUACUCGACAUAGUAGAAAAUGUUCUUUUCGUGAUGUAACCAAAGAAGAAAUGUUAGCUUUCUUGGGGCUUUGUUUAUUACAAGGCCAAAUUAAAAUUCCAAACAGGCGAAAACUCUUCUCGUAUUCCGAUCCUUUGAAUUUCCACCCGAUAUUUUCUUAUGUAAUGUCAUCUAGAAGAUUUGAUCAAAUAUUACGAGCCAUUUAUGUAUCAGAUAUUGAGGCAAAAAGCGAGAAGAAAAUAACUGGUUUUAUUGAAGCUCUAUCUGAGAACUUUCGUCGUGUAUACGGUCCUGGCAAAGAAUUAUCGUUAGAUGAAUCUCUAGUUUUAUACAGGGGUAGACUAUAUUUUAGGCAGUACAUAAAAUCUAAGAAGGCUCGUUAUGGUAUAAAAUUUUAUAUGCUAACCAGUGCAACAGGAUAUGUUCUGAAUAUUAUUAUGUAUUGUGGUAAGGGCGAAGAUGAUAAUACGUAUGGGAAGAAAACCGAACAAAUAGUUAUGAAACUGCUGAAACCAUACUUGAUGAAAGGUCAUCACGUAUUCAUGGAUAAUUUUUAUAAUGAUGUCGAUUUGAGUCAGAAAUUACUAGAGUUGCGUACCCACACCAAUGGCACACUUCGUAAAAACAGAAAGACAAACCCUAAGGGGCUGACACAGAUAAAACUAAAAAAGGGUGAUUUUUUUUGGUGUCGUAAAAAGCAAGUUUACGUAUCAGCGUGGUGUGAUAAGCGUCCAGUUUACGUUAUAACUACCAGAAAUCAUCCUAAGCUAAUAAAUGUUUCAAACCGAUUUGGAAAAAUUUCACAAAAGCCUGAAGAGGUUUCAGAAUAUAAUAAAUAUAUGGGAGGAAUAGAUAGGAAAGACCAAAUGGUUGCAUAUUACUCCUCGCCACAGAAAACAAUUCGAUGGUAUAAGAAAGUAUUCUUUCAUCUCUUAGAUAUAUCUGUUUGGAAUUCUUUCUUUGUCUACAAAAAAUACUUUAAAAACGAUGUAAAAUACGAAUUUCUGGACUAUCGCGAAGAUUUGAUAAAACAAAUGAUAAACUUAGAGAGUGGUUGUUCUGGUAGAAACAUUAUAAGAACUGGUAGCAUAUAUUCCAGUCGACGAACUGCAGUUAGACUUCCAAAAAAGGUACUUCAAGAGGAAAAUUUGGUAAGAAUUAGUCAGGAUCACUGGCCUGAAGAUAUUCCGUGCUCAACUGAUUCCAAGAGGAAUUUUAAAUAUUUGAACUGUAGCCUCUGCACUAAAAAGAAAAAACGGAAAGAGACAAGAUACAGGUGCAAAGGAUGCCGAGAAAAAACUCCCUUAUGCCCUACAUGUUUUGAGGAAUGGCACGCCAAAUAUGUCAAGAGGGGAGAUACAUAA